AGUUCUCCUCGUACUUUGUCAACUUCAUCCUGAAUUCAUCUCACAAAUCUCAUUUUUAACUCCUCUACCAUCCAAAUCAUCAUGCUUCGUCAAUUUGUCCGUCCCGCCGCUACUGCCAAUCGGGCAGUCUUUACCCGCUCCUUCUCGGUAGCUGUCCCUCGUAUGGGCGAAGGUGACACUGGUGCUCCCCGCUCUAGCGGUGGUGCGUCUUCUGGUGACGCAUUCACCAAGCGCGAGGCUGCCCAAGAGAGCCUUUACAUCCGUGAGAAGGAGCUUGAGAAGCUUGCUCAGCUCAAGAAGAAGAUUAGCGAGCAGCGCAAGCACUUGGAUGAGCUUGAGAACCACAUUGAUGGCUUGAGCCGCUAAUGGGCUCCGUACACCCACCUUAAGUUUAAUAUGAAGAAAUCCUCCAAUUGCUGUGUAUAAUACCAUCUCCGCUCCAAUGAGCUACCGUGCCUACCUGCUGCCUUGAGAUCGUGUCGUUUUCAGCGCCUGUUCCUAAACAUAACAUCGCUCUGCCAUAGCAUAUGG